CUUGGAAUUAUGAUUAUUCUUGUUAUGUCGCGGAGAACGUAAAAAAAUCACCUUGUGAAUUUGUCCGCAAUAAAAAUUAUGACAUGGCAAAUGGAUCAAUAAGUUAGUUGAAAUGGCUACGAACACAUACAGUAUUGUUGAAUAUUACUACGACAGUGCGCCAAAAAGGCAUUCGUGUGGCUAUUGCAAAAAAUUGAGGAGUUAUGAACGACAUGAAGAAGAAACGGAAAUAAUUCUAGGAAUGUGGGCCCACUAUCUGACUGUCCAGGACUACCAGAAUUUGAUUGAUAGGGGCUGGAGGAGGAGUGGGUGUUAUUGUUACAAACCUGUCAACACCCAGACGUGCUGUCCCAUGUACACAAUCAAAUGUGACGCAUUGGACUUUGUGGUUUCAAAAUCACAGAAAAAAGUUAUCAAGAGAAUGGCGAAAUUCUUGAAGGAUGGCGAAAGGAAGGUUCAGGAGAAUGAGAGUGGGAGAAACCACAAGCCUUAUAGCGGUCAAUUAUCUGAAAUUGACGUCGAUGAUCUCCCAGAAACAGAGCUUGCAGAGUAUGCAGCGCGUGCCCAAAAGAACAUUUUCCAGGAUGAGCCAAUGUUAGUCACCGCCACGUGCGAGAAAAGAUUAUCGCAGUGUCCAGAGAAUGUCACAGAAUCAAAAAUCAAACGAGGAUCACACGAUAAGAGAGAUAGCGUUCAAGUGCAACCAAUGGUGGAUGACAAUCAGUCAAAUCAACCGCAAAUUGUGAAACUAGUACCGGCUCCUGAAGGGCAGCCAAGAAAGAAGAAGCUGAUGAGGAUUGAGAGGGCGAAAAAUCGGCUGCUGGCCCAGGGUAAGACGCUGGCAGAAAUCGAAGAUUUUUACAGGAGAAAAAAGAAACCGAGUAGGGCGAGACCCAUUGAGGAGCUUUUACCGAAUUUAGAGGGUGGACAGAAUAAGUUAGAAUUGAAAUUAGUCAGAGUAUCGUCUGAGGAGUUUAUGGAGACUCUGGAUGAGAGCGUUGAACUAUUUAAGAAAUAUCAGAAGGCUGUGCAUCAUGAUAAACCUGAGGAUCGAGACAAGGCGUCGUUCAUCAAUUUUUUGGGGAAGAGCCCGUUGAUACACUGGAAAGUUGCUGGUGGUCCACCACUGGGGUACGGAUCCUUCCACCAACAGUAUCGGCUUAAUGACAAAUUGAUAGCCGUUGGAGUUAUUGAUAUCCUGCCCUACUGUGUAUCCAGCGUUUAUCUUUUUUAUGAUCCUGAAUAUUCAUUUCUUUCACUUGGCACUUUCAGCUCUUUAAUCGAAGUUCGACUGGUUCGAGAAUUACAUGCGUUAGUGCCAGACCUCAAGUACUACUACAUGGGCUAUUAUAUCCAUGAAAUUCCCAAGAUGCGCUACAAAGCUAAAGUAAGGCCAUCUUUUUUGCUCUGUCCUGAGACCUACACCUGGCAUCCUAUCGAGAAAUGCACACCAAAACUGGAUAAAGAUAAAUACUCACGUCUUAACGAAGACAUCAACGCCCUUGACGCGGAUUGUGUGAUCAGUGAAGACGACAUCAACCAAGUUCGGGUGUACUAUCGCGGUCCACGAUUAUACGGAGAGGUUCGCAAUACUCGGCUUAUGUGUAGCGGAAAGGAUGACAUGAAAGAAGUCAAGGAGUAUGCUGAACUCGUCGGUAGAAAAUGUGCUCAUAAUAUGUGUCUCUUCCGAUCGUGCUAAUCAAUCUGAUCCCUUAAAUCUUUGGAUUGACUUGGCGAAGAUUAACGGCUCCAUUUCAUUCGAUUUUUCUUCGUGAAUUUCAACUAAUAAUUGAAUUUCAAUAAAAUUCAUAAAACAUGAAUGAGCAUCUGUCCUUCAUACAUGCACCUGUCUUAGGUAUUAUUGCACCAUAAUUGUACAUUUGUACUUAUUGUGUUAUGUAAAACUUGUUGAUGUAAUUCAACGCUUCCUGGACUACAUUGCCUUGGAGAUGAGUAUUUUUUUUCAUGAAAAAUGAUACAGGAAAUAUUGCUUAAAAAAUUCAUUCAUGAAAAUUGUCGUAUCACAAUGAGUCUUUGCAAAAUUUGGAUUAUUAUCUGCGACCGGCGGUCUCGCCUUCUUCUCGGGGUUUCAAUUCGUUCCAACUCUGUACUUUUCCACUACCGCCAGCAAUAAAUAUUGCCAUGCAAGAGAUGCAAACUGUCGCUCCCAUCCAGAAGAGAAGUCUCCACUUUUCGAUUGGAUUCUGCAUUACAAAAAAUUUUUUUCAAUUCUUCCAUGCAAAGAAAUGAAUUUGUUUAACGACUACAAGUAUUUAUUUAAUUUUUUUGGGGCAUGAAUUAGUCGACAUGUAUUAACACCGAUGGAUCAUUUGCCACAUCCGCCCGUACAGGUCGUACUAUAAUUCCAAAAUCAUAUAGAAACGAUCUGUACCGACCGAUCUGAGGUCAUGAAUACAUGAAAUGUUCGUGUAGCUGUUUGAACACAAUUAUAAUCCCUGUCCCUUGAGUUAUUUAAAUUUUGUCCCAUGUUGCAUGUUGAUAAGCGAUGAUGUGAUCAUUUUCCACAAUUCCCAGUACUGGUCGUACUAUAAUUGGAAAUUCAUAUAGGUACAACGAAUACUGAGGAGUGUGGAAUGAUACGAUUAUUGAAACAUGAGUUGAGUGUGCGAAAAGCGAUCAAAAAGUUUGCACUAUUACAAAAAAUCCUAACAUCUAAGUAGCCUGAAAUAAGAGCUUUAACAUUCCCUGGAAAAUUAAAUGAAAAUUGAAGUGAUGAGUACUAAAUUAUGUUGAUUUUUCAAGUACAUGGCAAUUGAAAAUUGUUUCCCCUUGUUAUUUACCUACAAUGACAAUGGUGUAGUAAUGACCUAAAACUAAGACAAAAAAUGCGAGCAAGUGGUAGCAUAACAUCAGUUCAGCGAAAUUAUUCAUAAAAGUUAUAUUACUCAGUCGCUACACAGAUGAUUAUUCAUUUUUUCAGGAUUAUGAACCAUCGUACUAUAUUUACGCACCACACAGUAGCGACAGAUGCCCAUAAUCCUAAAAAAUUUUCCCAAUGGCGUGGCGAUUAAAUAAGCGUGAUGAGUAACUCCUUCCAUCCCGAGUACAAGUCGUACUAUAAUAAAAAUUCCAUAUAGAAACGACAUGCACUCAGGAUCCAAGGAGAAUGUUACUUAGGAAUUAGAUAAGCCGAUGAAGCAGAGGGCCCGCCCCGUAGUAACUUGUCGUACUAUAAUUGUAAUCCCAUAUAGAAACGAUAAACUACUACUGACUGAACCAUCUAAAUGUGCGAUAAAGUACCCAGAUGUAUGUGCUAUAAUUAUAAUUAGCCAUCCAAACGUCGAGUACAUUUCAACUGGAAAACUUUUUAAUUGCAGCGAUGUAACUUGAUAAGCGAUGAUUUUGUGUUAUGUAAUGCACAUGAAAAUCCAUGUGUUAAAACAAAAAUACAAAAAAGUGAUUGAAACAAUCACAAUUUCUCAGUACUGGAGCCGUACUAUGAUAGUUAUAUAACACAGUACAAGCUCGUACUAAGGUAUUGGGAUUGCUAAUGAAACAUUGAUAAGCAAUAAUGACAAAGCUUUCAAAUAGUUUAAAUUUUCCAUGACUUACGCCGUAUUUUCCAGCUACUUCUUCAACAACUGGUGAAAUAAUAAUCCCCGAUAAGCAUCCGAUGGUGUUCAUUAUUCCGUACAAGAAACCAGCGUAAUUCGGUGAUAAAUCUUGAUUAUUCGAUAAGUUUGAGAUUGAAGCGGCUCCAUUGAAGCCAAGUGCCAGGACAAGGAAGACGUUUGCCCAGAAGAAGGAGCAGCCGAGGUAGCCGACGAUUAUCAAGCAGAUUCCUGGCAAUAAGUGAG